CACUCGUUUCAAUAGUAAAUUUAUGCAUUAUAUAUAUAUAUAUAUAUAAAGAGUGGUUCCAUGAGAACUAGUUAGUGCAGUUGAAAUGGCUGCUCCUGUUGCUAUAGGGACAAGGGGCACUAUUGGAUCUCUAGUGAGGAAGGAAAUUGAAUACUUCACUAUGUUUGAGUUAGACAGAAGAGGAAGCUCACAAAAGCCUCAGCAACAAUUUGUGGAUAUGGUUUCUGGUAGAAGCUAUUCCAUUUCAAGGCCUAGUUUCUGGGAGUUGCUAACUACAUGGAAGAGGAGGAAGAGAAGAGGCUCAAGUGGGUUCCUUCCAAAAAUUUGUUCUGCUGCUGAAGUAGCUGAAGGCAAUCAGUUAAACCAGAUUCCUGGUUACAGCUACAGGAUCCUCAGGAAUGAUAUGCACUAGCUUUUUGUGGGGAACCAAAACUUACAACAUAUCAUUUUAUUCUUCAUGCUAUGUUGCCUCUCUUGGGCAACUUUUUUCAUUUUCAUUUUCUGUCGCAUCUUGUGCUUCAAUGCCUUAUUACUGCUGGCUUUUCAGAUGUCAGAUUCAGUUUAAGAUCAGCUUUCUACUAGUAAAUGGAUGGCAUGUUCUACAUA